UCUCGGACCAGUCGGCGGGUGAGCUCCACGCAUUCCCGAGCCCUGGAAAAAGGGUAGUUUUUCGCGCGCUUUUCUUCGAAAAAUACGCACAGUAACUUUUUUAAAAUACCGUAAUGCAUUCCUAAAAAUACUAAAUAAAUUGCAAUGUCUAUUUAAAAGAAGAAAAGUUUUAUGGUUAUACCGAUUUUUUUUUAAUUUGUAAAAAAUAUUAUUUAUUUUGGACGUACUAAUUUUUGAAAUGAAAGUAACUCAACAGUGUCUCCUGCUGUUCAUUCUGAUUACUACGGUGGCGCCAGUCAUCCGAAUCCAGACGAACAACACGGAGCUGAGCCGAAGGGACUGUCCUGUCCGGGAGCGCAUCACCAGGGCGCAUUGCCAUCAGAUACAGUACCGGCUGAUAUGCAAAGGAGGGUUCACCGGUGAAUGGACUAUGGGAGUCAGGUACGACAUAUCCCAUUUGCGCCUGGUGGGCUGGCCGGGGGAAUGUUUGAAUGUGGACGAUAUCCAGGCGCACCUGCCUGGGUUGAGGAGUUUAGAGAUCGUGAACUGCACCAACCUUCAUAUGUUUCAGGGUUACUUCACUUCUCAUAGUAAAAUCGAGAAUAUCACAAUGCACGGGUUGCAGUCACUUAUGGAGGUGGCACCAGAGGUGAUGGGAGAAAUGCCAGAAUUACGGAUUUUGGACCUGAGGGGCAAUGAGCUACGACACAUACAGUCUGCACUACUGAAAGGUCCGGCUCGACUUGAGAAAAUUUAUCUUAGUCGUAACCAAUGGGACUGCAGCGAUGGCGGACUAGAUUGGCUGGCCAUGGAGCGAGAGAACGGGACAGUAAGACAGAAGAUUGUAGACUACUACGAUUUGGUCUGCCACCAACAGCUCUACAGAGGAAAACCUCUGCACAAAGUUAUGGAUAUUAUUUGGACAAUGAGACGCACAUGUCCAGAGCCAUGUAUCUGCAUGAUGACUCACGUGGUGUCAGAUGCUGCGGGGAACGUCAUUCCCCUCAUCACAGUGGACUGUGCCAACAGGGGCCUGACUGAGCCGCCCAGCAGUCUGCCACCCAGCACCACAGUCCUGCGUUUAGAGGGCAACAAGUUGGGUUCAAUAAGCAACAUAAUCCACAAUCCUAAGUACCAGAAACUGGUGGACUUGAUUCUGGACAAUAACAGCGUUUCGGCAGUUAAGGAGUUGGAAGGAUCAGAGUGGUUCAACACAUUCAGGGUGCUGAGUCUUCGAGGGAACCGGUUGAAACAGAUACCCCUGUACGCCUUCGACCAAGCAUUCCAAGUGAACAACAACAUAAUGGAGGUGUACCUCGGACAUAACCCCUGGAGAUGUGAUUGCCAUUUCAUCCCGAGGUUCCAAUCUCUGCUUAGGAAGUAUAAGAGGGUGAUUCGUGAUUUGACUGACAUUAGAUGCUCCAAGUCUAGCGACAAAACCACUUCAUUGAUGCAGAUAAGCACAAUCCCCCUCGGAAAUGUCUGCAGUGACGACGUGGAGAUGCCUAUUAGUACAAUAAAUAUAGUUAACUUGACACUACUGCUCCUUAUCCUGCUGGUUCUGGGCAGGUUUCUUUACGACUGGCGAAGUUUUAAAGCCACUGGGAAAUUGCCCUGGCUCUCGUCUAUUUUGCCAUAGUUUUGGAAAUAUAUUUGUUAUUUUUAAAUGCUAGUUGUUC